CUCACUCCAAAACCACCACCACCAACUCUAUCACUACUGCAAAUCCCUCCAACACCAUCAUCACCUCUACCACCACCACGACCACCACUACCAUCAGCAACACCAUCAUCGCCAUCACUAUCACUACUGUUACCACCACCUUAUCACCUAUACCACCACUAUCGCCAUCAUCACAGUCAUUGCGAGCUCUACCUCAACUUGUUGCAAACCAACAAACAAACAAACCAAAAAACAAGCAAAUAUCAAAUCUUAAGUUGACCUACAUUAGUCAUGCAGACAAGCGGGGUGGGUGGAAGAAGUAAUAAUACAAAAUAAUAUCCCGGGACAGAGAGACGGGAGGGGAACAGGUAGAAUGAUUUUAACUAAAGACUUGAGCUUUUCAGCGCCUAUUGUUUAGAAUGUGUAAUAAUAAUAAUAAUAAUAAUAAUAAACCUAGGAAGAAACACAUUUUGCCUCAAAGUGCAACACUGUGUAACGCACUGCAGGUACUACACACCGCCAGGAGCUGACCAGGUGGAAGACUACCCCGGGCUACUGUGUCUGUUUUGGCAUGUGUUUUAUGGCUGGAUGUCCUUCCUAACACCAACCACCUCACAGAGUGGACUCAGUGAUUUUUACAUGGCACCAUCACAGGCAAGAUGUUGAAGAAAUCACAGAAAGAAAAUGAAUAUUUAUUUUAACAGACUAGUUCUGUGUCUUGUAAUGUGUCUAUUGUAUUGUCAGCCAAGGGUGUUUGCAGAAAAUUUAACAUUUUAUGAAACUGCCCUUACUGAUGACCCUUGUGAAGAUUUCCAUUGUGAAAACAGAGGUCAAUGUCAGACUCUUUUGUCUGAAGUGGAUGACCGAGUCCUCAAACAUGCAGAAUGUAUCUGCCAUGACCGUUGGAUUGGCCCUCACUGUGAGUCCCUGUUAGUUCUGACUCCCAGAAGAAUCACUGAAUACAGCGUUGAGCUUCGGAUAACAUUACAGAACUCUAACCUAUCGGAAUGGCAAUAUGAUCCAUACUUGAAAUAUACAUUACAAUACUGGACCAAUGAAAGCGACACGUGUUAUAAGAUUCCUGGAAUCACAAACCUCACUUAUGAAAUCUCAGAUCUUAUAUCUGGUGUCUAUUAUAAUUUCUGUGCUCGGACUAAUAUUGUGGAUCAGUGUUUGACAGAAGCUGUGGAUCCCAAUUCUUUAACUUCCAAUUGCAUUGGUAUUGUUACAGAUAUGGCAAAUGGCCAUAAACAAGAUGAAAUUGAAACCGGUCCUCCUGUUCUUCCAAUAGUUAUUUGCACUAUUUUAGUUGCACUCUGUAUCAUAGCUGUUUUGGUCGUUUUCAAAUGUAAUGACAACUUAGCAAGUUAUCGAUGUUCUGGAAUAAAAUGCUGUAGGAAAUGGUCACGUCAAUCUGCUUAUGAUCUUUUUGUCCUCCCAGACAACACGUGUACAGCUGUCAGUAACCAAACUCCACUCAUUGUGAACCAAGGACAGCACCAAACUCAAUCUUUGGCUAUAUUAAUGGACUCUUCCAAUUCCACCCAACCAGCAACCCAUUCCUCUUUUCCUUUACCGCCUGACUUUGAUAUCACUGAACAAAACUUAGAGAGAACAGAAUCACUGAUUCCACAACAAAAUGAACCUCAUUCUUCAGCAUAAGAUGAAAAAAACUCAUUUCAUAAUUUUCAAAAGAAUCAUUUAUUUCACCAUUUCAUGACAUUGGCUCCAUCUUAACUUAUUUAUUAAAGGUUUUUAUUUAUUUUUAAAA